UUGUAAAGUUGUGCUCAUCCCAGUUUGUUUUUUGGGGCCGAGUGGCAAAAGACAAAAAAAAAAAAGUGGCCGACAAGACAAAAGAAAAAAAUUCCAACUGACUUAAGAUCAACCACAAAUUGUGCUUACACAACUCCUUUCACGCAGCAAAGUAACUCAUGGAGCUUCACAGAGACUCACUAAGCAGGAGCCUGGCCAGGAGGGAGACAGGAGCGGAGAUCGAGAAGUCGUGGACUUGCAGACUUGUGAGAACUGAAGAAAGGAGAGCUUUGCCGAAGAUGUCCGACUCUCAGCCUUGCCUCUGCCUGGAGGAUUGCUGCUCGUGUGAUAAAUUGUGCAGAUGUUCCGACUGCAGAUGUUCCAAGAACAAAGCUGGGAUCUGCAGGAAAAGCUGCUGCAGCUGCUGUCCCGCCGGAUGCGUUAAAUGCGCCGAUGGCUGCGUGUGCAAAGAGAAAACCGGCGACAAGUGUAGCUGCUGUGCCUGAUGGCCUCUCCCUGUGGCCUGGUGUAACCCUCCAACUCUGUACAGCCCGGGAGAAGCCUUGCACUCCUCCCCUGGCCUUCCUAACACGUUGAAUUUUCAUCUCAGAUAAUAAAAGAUCUGUCCUAUCCGA